AUGGAACUGGACAGGCCCACUCGCGCCCUUAUCAACCUCGUCAUCGCCUACAGCAUUCCCUUCGACACCUAUCUGAUCGAUCAGUCGGUCGCGCGCGGUGACAGCGACAUGAGGGCGAUAUCGGCAACCCUUUUCAAGGCGCGCAUGCAGACUUCCGGCGCGAUCAUCACGACGCGGCAGGUCGAAACGGCCCGGCAAUACUGCGACAUGGCGGCCGUCCUCCACAAUGGCCGCCUGACCUUGUUCGAGGACCUUGAGCGGGGAAUCGACAUCUUCAACAAGGUCAAAGCAGCCGCUACCCAGCAGCCUCAACCCGAGUGA